GUUGUCUGCUACAUGUAGCUGAAAAAUGUUUCCUCCACGCAAAAAAUCGACGAAGCAUGUUUCUAGCAUUGAAAAUGUUUCGACUAGAGAAGAUCACCAAAAGGACUUGUUUGAGGUUCACUUUCUGGGUAUUGUGCCAGACAUUGUGAUCAGUGGCUCUCACACACGGGACCGGGAGGCUCAACUUGUUGACAGAAUUGAAGAGGCUCAGAUUGAAGGGCGACUACCCAUGGUUGCUCAAGAUGAUGAGAAAGUGAAGUUAAACAUCUCCAUACAUGGAUUCAUAGUUCUUGGAAUGAAAGGACAGGAGGUACUGCAGAGACAUCCUCUUCACACGAUUGCCCAGGUGGUGCAGUAUUGUGACGGUGGUACCAUCAAUAACAUUGCCUUUAAGAUUGGCAAUAUCAAUAAACCGGUGUUCAGUGCCUACAUAUUCCAGUGCUUGAGUGAGGAGCAAGCGUCGGAGAUCUGUCAAAAUGUGCGAGCCAUGUUUGAUAAAGUAACAGAGAAAAACAGAUGACAAAUCUGAAAUUAUGUGAUUCAAGUUUUGAUAUAUUUCAGAUUUUUAUUGGACAUGGGUGCUAAAACAGCAAAAAUUAUUAUUAUACUGUGCAGUUGUCACACUUAUACACUUUUAUUCUGUACUGGUACGAGUAUAUAAAGGGGAUUUUGCAUGGAUUUAAACGGGGUUUAUGUUUAAACUUUUGGCUACUGAGCUUGUUUAUGCUGUUUUUCACAUACAUAUUUAACUCAAAUUUACCUUUUAUUUUGUACUGGUACGAGUAUAUAAAGGGGAUUUUGCAUGGAUUUAAACGGGGUUUAUGUUUAAACAUUUGGCUACUGUGCUUUUUUCUGUGUUUUUUUUCCAUAAAUAUUUGACUGAAUUUUACCUUUUAUUCUGUAAACAUUUUGUUAUCUCUGAUUGUGUUAUCUCUUAGCACUCUAUAGUGACAUUCUAUUGUAAUUUGUCUAUUUAUAAAAUCAUGUUAAUGUUGAUAUUGUUGACUAUUCAAAUUAAUGCAAAUUAGAAUAAAAAAAUAUUUUUGCCAUUUUUAAUGUGCAUCAAAUAUUUCGCUUCUAACUAAAAUAAAUGGCAGAUGAAUAAUUAAAUCAUGUUUGUUUUAUCAUGACCUGUCUAAUAUUGCUCUAGUUUAAAGCCACAAUGGAAUUGGUUAAUAUAAUACAAAUGCAACCAUGUCGAAGAUCUUGCUUUAAAUCUAAAUAGAGAGUGCGAUCUGUUUGCAUAAUUAUAUUUAUUUUUUUUAAAUCCACCGAGAAAGCAAUAGAUUCAGUUCUAUGUCUCAUUUGCAAAACAUUGAAUGCAGUUCAGAAAGUUAAUUGAAUGAAAUUUUGCUUUAUUUGUUCACCAUCUCAUGGGUAAUGCACUGAAAGGUUUGUCCAUGACUUUAUUAUAUUUUUCAAAUUACAUUUUGUGCUUCUAUUUGGAUUAAAAAAGAUAACGAGCACCUAUUUGCAUUAAAUUGUUUUUUUAUUUACAUAAGUUAAUGUCACGUUUAUUUAAUUAUUUGUUAUAUAUAAAUAAAUGCUAUUCAGAA